AUGGAUUACUCGUUGCUAGUAGGGGUAGAUGAAGAAAAUAACGAGUUAGUUCUCGGGAUCAUCGACUUCUUGAGGCAGUACACAUGGGACAAACAUCUAGAGUCUUGGGUGAAAUUUACUGGAAUCUUAGGAGGACCAAAGAAUGAAGCACCAACAGUAAUAUCUCCAAAGCAAUACAAGAGAAGAUUCAGAAAGGCCAUGACUACUUACUUCCUCAUGGUUCCUGAUCAAUGGUCUCCACCUAAUGUCAUUGCUAAUAACUCCAGGUCUGAUCAACCAGAAGAAACCUCUCAAGCCGGUACACAAGCAGAGUGA